AGUGGCAAGAAUAGCUACACCGUUCGUAAAUAAAGCAUUUGUAUUUAAAAAUGGAAAUAAAAGUUAAAGAUGUUGCUAGUAUGCAAUUCAAACCGUUUCACGAAACUUUCCCAUACUGUACUUUUGGAUUGGCUCUUUCUAGCAUUUAUCCAAAUAAGUAUAAUAUUAAAAAAAGAAUUCUCACUUUUGUUACUAUUAUAACAUUUUGUGUAUUUCAAAUAUUCUGGUUCUUAACUUACACGAUCAAUUGUUUAUUGAAACUAGACAUUUUGAAUUUCGCCCGUAACAUGACUUUAUGGAUUAUUGUCAUAUUAUUUUUCUUCAAAACCAUAUACGCAAUUAAAUACACCGAAGAUUUCGCUGCCAUUUUGAAUAUGAUCAGCAAAGAUUUUGUGAAAGCAAAUGAAAUGGACGCGGAUUAUCAGGAAAUUUUCAAAACUUAUCUCAAGAAAAGUAAAUUUGGAGAACUGGUCUGGUUAGUGAUACCGAUAAUCCUGAGCUCACAGUUCCCAAUAUAUCCAGCGAUUUUGAUGAUAAUGGAAAAUUUAGAAACAGAUUCUCCAAACAGAUACAUGGUCCACGAAAUGGAUAUGAUAUAUGUUGAGCACAUACAAUACACAACGCCGUUUUUUGAAAUUUACUUUGCUUACAACAUGACCCAGUGUUUAUUUCUUUCACCGAUUUUUACAGGAUUUGAUGGGUCUUUCUGUAUUGCAACAAAUCAUCUUUGUUUAAAGUUGAAACUGAUGACGCAUAAAGUACGAAGAGCAUUCAAAGAUGCAAAAAACUCGGAGCAAUUGAGAAAUAAAAUGAAACAAGCUAUACGUGAUCAUCAAGAAGUUCUGGACUUUUACACCCAACUGUCUGAAUUCUACGGUUUUUGGCUUUUGGUUUUAUUUUUGGUAGCUUCUAUUGGAGUCUCUUUCAAUUUAUAUCAGAUUUAUAUGAUGCGUCAGAUAGUACCGAAGUACGUGAUAUUUAUGUUCAGUGCUAUCCUACACAUUUACAUACCUUGUGUUUACGCAAGUAAUGUUACUGAGAUUGCGAAAGAAACAGCAGUGGACCUGUACAACACCCCGUGGGAAUCUUGCUACGAUCCGGUCGUCACCAAGUACCUCAUCUUCAUGAUCGCCAGGUCGCAACGAGACAUGAUCUUCAACGGGAAGGGUCUGGUCAACUAUAACAUGCAAUUGUUCAUCUCUCUCAUGCAGUCCGCUUACUCUUUCUACACCCUUAUUACAAGUUAAACUUAUUAUUUCUUUAACACAAUAAGUCCCUGAUUGAAUUUUUUGUGAAAUCAUUAUGAUCUUGUUAUUAUAAUAUAUAUUUAAUCAUUAUAGUCGAGUCUUCACGGCGGCAGCCAGUAGCUGUGCUUUCUUUACUAGUGCUUUCCAGGCAAUGCGAACUUGUAUUAACAAUGCGAUUUAUAUUUCAUAACUAUGUUUUCAAAUCAAAUAAAGUCAAAUUAUUUAUUGCAAAUUAUGUUUUGUAUCAUAAUUACUUAUCAUAACAAAAAAUAAAAUUAUGUAUGCUAUAUUACAGUCGCCAUUGAUGCUAGAGCUAUUUAUUCAUUGAACCAUGUUUAGUCAAAUGUCAUGUCAAACAAAUAAAAUUUGAAAAUCUUUGUAAAAACCCAUUGUAUAUAUUUUGUAGUGAAUGCCAUUUAACUGUAACUAUAAACCUAUACAAACAUAAAAUAUUUAUUAAAAAAAAUAUACUUCACAUAAUUACUAACAUAUUAUUAUACUUUUGCACAAGCCCACAAUGUUUUCUAAAAUAAAUUAAGGUAAUCUAGUCUAAUCUCAUCUAACGUAAUUAUUUUAAAUUUCACAAUAAUUACCUCAAACAAAAUUAUUUUCAAAUUACUAAAUUGUAAAGUAAAUGAAAUAUAUCUUACAAUAAU